CGGGACCAUGUGACUUGCUCAUGGCCUUACGGAUCAGGUUGAUUUCUUCCAAGUUCCCUGAUUGCGUGAUUAAUCCGAUCGUAACCAAAUGCGAUACUAUAUAUGAUGGAUGAAGGUCCUCGAGAGCUUCCAACGGCAAGCGUACUCCGGUGGACACAUUUUGCCUCGCGUUAACGUUUGUUGAAAUGCAAGUAAUAUACAUCUCAUAGGAUAGCAAGUGCCGCUGUUAUCCUUUUGUUAUUAAUGACGAAGGAUGAAUGUCGGGGCCUAAAGUCUGUUAUUCCAGAUUCGAGGCAACGAGCUAUCCACCUGGCAAUGGCAGGUUUUCCGACCGAUGAACCUGGAUGGUGGCAAAUCGUGUGACGGAGAAAACAAACCCGUGUCCGUGUUUGAGACAGAGCAUCGUCAAGAUGACAAAGGCAGAGCUCAUUGUGGGUUAUCCGAGACUUUAUAAAUCCAAGCUUCUGAAGCAUCGAUUUAACUUUGAAAGGGAUAAUCAUGGGGAGUAUGUGUUGACUGAACUAUAAAGCCUACACAAGGCUUUACAGAGUACAGAUGCGAACAAACAAGAGCCCUAGCGCAGCCUGCAUUGCAGUUGAUGGCGCCUGUCUCUAUUAUAGAAUCAUUGGGACUGGGCCACUUCUUAUUCCAAUGCCUGGGGCAAAUGGUACCGGAAUGGUGUAUGAGCCACUAGCCACUGCGCUCUCAUCACACUUUCAAGUUGCGCUAUAUGACCGCCGAGGAUUCGGAAGCAGUCUCCUGAUCACUCCUGGAGAGCCGAAUACGUCGAACCAUCUGAGAGCGCAAGCCGACGAUGUCGCUAGAUUGAUUCAAUACUUAUCCCCAGGGAAACCUGCGACAGUCUUUGCGACUUCCGGCAGUGGGGUAAUGGCCAUUGAACUCCUUCAGUCUCGUCCCGACCUUAUACAGCAUCUAAUACUGCACGAGCCACUUCUUUUAGAACAUCUUCCUACUCCAUUCAAAUCGUAUAUCAAAGGUGGGAUGUUUAGUAAGGCCUUAAAGUACGGGGGGCGUGGGAAUGCGAGUGUUCGACGCGUGUUACUCGCUUAUGUACAAGGCGGGCGUGACCAACGGAGAUUGGGUCAGGAUCCGCAUUACGCACGACUUAUUGCUCAACCGAUAGAUGAGACUGCGCUUUUCUUCGAGUUUGAGUUACACAUGAUACUCGACUAUCAUUUCGAUCCCGAAAAUCUUCGGCCAUAUCGAGACCAAUUAGUUCUUAUGAAAGGAUUGGAUAUAUCGCCGGAGCUCGCAAGUCUCCCGGUGCUUACUUUGUCUGACACGCUUGGGACUUCUCUGGUGUUUGCUCCUGGUGGGCAUAACGGAUUUAUUACUGAUGCGGAGGAAUUCGCGAAAGAAAUGAUCUCGGCCCUCGACAGUAAUAAGGCUAAGCUAUGACACCCGGGCAACAUUUUUAGGCUUAUUUAACUCAGUGGUCCAGACGUGAUUGUCUAGAUAAGUUUAUUAGCAAAUGAAUGGAUAUUCUGUAGCAUGCAGAUAAUACUAUCUGUCCUGUGUCGUUUUGAUCAACCGUGCAAGCUAAAUCGAUUUAGCAAUACCCAGGCGAGCAUGGGAAAGAGGGCGAGUGAAAGGAUAGAACAGACUACUCUGUUCAUCAAGAAACGGGAAAACUUCGGCGAACAGGAACUUCCAUGCAUUACUCAAUUUCUCUUGGACAUGCUAUUUAGGGUUAAGGGUGAGUCGGUCAGUCAGGAUCUAAUCCGAGAUUUUUUCUAGAAUGCUUCCCUUCUCCGUGUUAUCACCGCACGACUGAUAAGAUUAUCUCUACCGGCGUUUCUCGGAUGGGAUGCAUGUUUAACGGUGCCUUGCCUAGCUCGACUAUCCGAAUCCCCAACUGGGAGGUCAUGAUCACUACGGAUAGAAGUUGAUUUCAUAAUCCGGCCCGAACACGCGCCGGGGUUGUUCGGGUUCAGGAGGGCAAAAACCCAGCGCCGGGAACGGGGAACCCGAAAGGUACGC